AUGUUCCAUAAAAAAGUUAACCCAAACUAUAAUUUGAAAAGGAAUUUCUUUCUUCCGCUGGAGCAUGAUUGCAGUUCAAGAGGUAGCCGAGUUCCAAGGGAAGAUCCUAGUCCAGAGGCAAGUUCGAGCUUUUUCCCACUACACGACACAUUGUUUACAUCAGAGGAUAGUUCAAUGACCCCAAAAAGUAACUUGGUUCAUUACGUUGGUAUAGGAACAGUUGAAAAUCGCAACUUUGCACACACAGCUCAAACAGAUUUCCCCAAAAAAGAAGGAACUUGGAUCAGCAUCCAACGAGAUGGUAAUUCUAACUCAAACCGAACCACCGACAGCAGGGAUGAAAACGAUGAAAGCAAAAAAUCGUAUUGUAAAGAGUACUUGCACCACUCAAAAAAGUUCAGCUCUUCUAAAAAAAAAAACAACCUGGAAUCUAUCCGUUUAAGUAAAACAAGUUUUACACUUAAUCUUGAAGACGAAGAUGUAAUAGAAUGCGACUUUAAUGAUAAAGUGCCUUGUUGUAUUGAUUUACUUUCUGGCGCUACUCUGGAAAAAAGUUCUUUAACGCUGAAUGAACUAAAUAUAAAACUGUUUGAUACACUCCAUCGGUUCCGAGUAAGUAAAGAUAAUCCUGAAGAAAAAUUAGUAGAAAUGAUUCUUCCAAAUUGUGUGACGCUAUUAGACAUAUUCGAUGAGUCGGAACUUUCGUCUAGUUGUUGUGACGAUAUUUUUGAAAGCUCCACGUUCCUCAAUACAAUCGAACACAUAGUGCAUGAUAUUUGGGUGGAGACUCUAACAGAAAACCUAACUCUAUUUCCAACAUUCAAUAGCUAUUUAGAAUUGUACAAGGACAGGUAUAUGAUUUGCAAAGUAAAAGAUCGGCGCACCUCCACAAAUAUAGUAGAGAUACUAGAAAGUUUUAAGCAUUUUCCCACUUCUGUCCUGGAAACUUUCAGGCUUGGAAUCAAAUCAACAGGAAAAGACCUGUGGCACACAGAGAGCGCCAUUAUGAACUACAUUAUUUUCAACAGGACAUUCUGUACUAUAAUUUUAGAAAUCCGAAAAUGCUUCAUCUUGAUCAUCAGAUUUAUGCACUCUGCCGAUCUUUUGAGGAUUUUUUCGAAUCAAGUGUUUUUAUCAUUCAUUGACGUUCUAGUAAAAAUCGUAUUCGAAUGCCAGAUCCCGCAGUUGUUUCUGGGAAUCAACGAAGUUGUUGAACUGUGGCUACAAGGCGACGAGACAGGACGCGAACAACUCUUGCGUGCAUGGUGCGACGCAAUUGUCGGUAGUACAAAUGCAGUUGAGUCAAGAGACACCCCGAAUUUAGAAUCGGAGUCGUUCACGUCAAGCACAGAUGAAGGCGAAGACAGCCUCAAAUUUAACAAGUGGGAUGUAAUAGAACCGUUCAUCGACAAUAUCAGGGCCGCCUGUUCCCGGCAGCAGCUACAAUCCGCCAAGUUACAGCAAUAA